AAAACAGCACGCACACCGACAGCAGAGUCUCCCAGCACAAACACGCGCGACUCUUUUCCCGCCAAUAAUCUGCCGUUGGCCUCUCGCAAACCGCCGUCCUCGGCCGUCAUUUCUGUCGCUCGUUCGCUCACACACGCUCACUCGUCGGUGCUCCGCUCCCGGCUGACUGACAACUGCGACUGCACUGCUUGUUGUUCUUUUUGUGUUUUUUGUCAAAGUGUAAUCUAACAUAUAUAUAAUAAUUUUCUUGACUCGCGCGCGUCAAAAUGUACGUGAAAUGUGUGACCUUCGACAACCGACACAAUGGUAUCUUCAAUGUGUCGAAAUUAACGACGAUCGCCCAAAUGAAGGAGAUGGUCUCAACCAAGUUCAACGCUCCGUUAGACAGGCUGUCGCUCUACUUCCAGGGCAAACAUCUCGAGGACGAUUGCAAUCUUCACGAUUACAGUAUCAAUCUUAAUCACGUCAUUCAGGUGAGGAUCAAGCCCGUCGAACUAGAAAAAAUACGCAUAAAAUCGGAACCGGAAGAUAAGGAAAAUAUAGAUGACAAUGCGCGCGUAGCUGAUGAGAAAAUAGAAAUAAAGGAGGAAGUAAAUAUAAAAGAGGAAAAAGUAAAGAUAAAAGAGGAAGAAGAGAUCGAGACUACCAGCGAUCAUUACCAGGCAGGUGAUGCCAUUGAUUGUACCGACACGACCGUUGGAGCAUGGUAUGAGGCAGUCAUUUUGAAAAUUGUAAAGAAAGGAGAUAGCACAGUCUUCAAAGUUAGGUGGGAUCUACCAGAAUCCAGAAAUGACGAUGCAUUCGAUGUAGAAGAAACAUCUAUAAGACCAAGAGCUUGGAGAACUUUGGAUUUUAAUGACUUGGAAAUAGGUCAAAAAGUAAUGGUAAAUUACAAUUUGGAAAGCCCCAAAGAAAUUGGCCAUUGGUACGAUCUCACUAUUUCUAAAAUAAGGAAUGUAAGGACAGCCAAAGAACUGAAAGGUACCAUACAUAUUGGAGAUACUGAAAGGACUAUAGAUGAUUGUGAAAUAAAUAUAAAACAUGGUGUAUAUCAAAUUGAAGAGCCAGUACUUAUUUCUGAGAGGGAUGAAACAUUUAAUUCCAGAGUGCCAACAACAAGACGAAUUAUUCCAGCUGAAUGUAAACACUGCAAUGAUAAUCCAAAGAGAAACUGCAGAGAAUGCAGCUGCACAGUGUGUGGUAAAAAGACCGACCCUCAUCAUCAGAUACUUUGUGAUGAAUGUGAUACUGUUUAUCACAUCUCCUGUUUAAAUCCACCUUUAGCUGAAAUACCGCAAGGGGAUUGGUAUUGUCCAGAUUGUAAGGUUGACGCUGAUGAAAUAGUUAAAAUUGGUGAAAAAGUAAAAACUAAGAAAAAGCAAAGCAAAGUAGUUGGAACUAACAGAGACUGGGGUAAAGGAAUGGCUUGUGUUGCUAGAACCAAACAAUGUACUAUUGUGGGAAAGGAUCAUAAAGGACCAAUUCCUGGAGUUGAAGUUGGUCAGACGUGGUUGUAUAGACUACAAGUAUCUGAAGCUGGAGUUCACAGACCUCAUAUUGCUGGAAUAAGUGGUAACUCAAAUGUAUGUGCCUAUUCACUCGUUUUUUCUGGUGGAUAUGAAGGUGAUGAGGAUAAUGGAGAUACAUUCCUCUAUACUGGCUCAGGUGGUAGAGAUUUAUCUGGUAAUAAAAGAACUGCAAAACAAAGUCGCGAUCAAGUAUUGACCUUAAUGAACAAAGCAUUGGCAUUGAACUGUAAUGCUAAGCUUGAUACAAAGAAUGGUGCUGUAGCUACAAACUGGAGAAAAGGCAUUCCCAUCAGAGUUGUUAGAAGUUGGAAAGCCAAGCAUAGCAAAUAUGCUCCAGAACUUGGUUAUCGAUAUGAUGGGAUUUACAAAGUCGUUAAAUAUUGGCCUGAAAAAGGAAAAAGUGGAUUCAUAGUGUGGCGUUAUUCUUUAAAAAGAGAUGAUAAGUCUCCUGCACCAUGGACCAAAGCAGGAAAAGCUGAAAUAGAAAGACUUGGUUUAAAAAUGGUAUAUCCUGACAAUUUUGAGGCAGCUCAAGAAGAAAAAAAUGAACAGGAAAACAAAAAAGAAAAUGAUAAUGAACAGAAAAAUGAAAAGGAAAAUGAAAAGCGUGGUUUAAAACGUAAAACUAAAAAUGAUGCUGAUACAAAUGAGGUAUCCAGCGCUAAAAAACCCAAAGCUGACUUCCAAUUGGAUAAAAAAAUUCGUGAUUUAAUUGAAGAAGACCAAUCCAACAAAAAAAUAUGGGAACGAUGUAUGGAAUUAAUAACAGAAGGAAGUCAAGCUUUUAAUGACAAAGUUAAGUUGGAAUUUGCUUGCCCAGUAUGUCAAGAGCUUGUAUAUAAACCAGUUACUCUUUCCUGCACUCAUAACAUUUGCAUUUCUUGUUUGAAAAGAAGUUUCAAAGCUGGUAGCUAUAAUUGUCCAAUGUGUCGUGAUCCCCUGGAUAAAGAUUACAAAAUGACAGAAAACAAAGAACUUUCUUCAGCUCUACUAACAAUGUUUCCAGGAUAUGAAAAUUCUAGAUAAUUCAAUUUAUUUUGUAUUUAAACUUAUUUAGACAAAUUUGGUCAUAAUUAUUUAUUGUUCGACUAGUGGUAUCAGUAUUAAAUUUGUUUUGGAAUUGGUUCCAAUACCUGUAAUUAAUCAUUUUAUUAUAAUUAACAAUUUUGAAAAUGUCUUACUCGCUUUUCAUAAUAUUAGUUUAUUUCUAUAUUUUGUAAACUGUGUCUUAGGAAAUUGAAAUAAUUUUGAAUAAAUUAACUCCA